CUACCUCCUCUCCGACCAAAAACUCUUGUUGUGUGUCUCACCUGAUGCAAAGCAGCGCUGGAAGUCCAACAACAACAACAAAGGACAUAUCGGAGAGCAGUGAGCACACACGGUGCUACACCGGAGGACGGAGGAGUCUCCUCCACCUGUCCGGAGCCGAGCGAGCAGACACACAGCUGCGAACAGGCGGACAGGCGGGUCCAGGACAGCGGCAGAGACCGAGGGCACCAAAUGAGGUCUGUUGUAAAGACCGCCAAAGAUUAAGCAUGAAGGCAAGCUGAAAGAAAAUGCAAAUAUUGUUCAUGAAGUAAUUACAGCAGGUGUGACAAAACAAAUUAGUUCAAUUAAUCCCUGCCGUUUGAAGUGAGCCCAGGAAAAAACCACCAUGGAACAGCAGCACAACACCAAUCACAACCAAGCCUUGUGGAAAGAGAUACCAUGGGAUUUCACCGAGGACUGCUCGCUCUCAGUGAGUGGCACCACAUUUCUCAUCGUUGCUUACAGUACAGUCAUGGCAGUGGGUCUCAUUGGGAACUCCUGCCUGGUGUUUGUCAUCACGCGGCACAAAGAGAUGCACAAUGUCACCAACAUCUUCAUCGUCAACCUAUCCUGUUCCGACAUCCUCGUGUGCAUCGUAUGCCUGCCAGUCACUAUUAUCUACACACUGAUGGACCGCUGGAUCCUGGGAGAUGUCCUCUGUAAGCUCACACCCUUCAUCCAGUGUACGUCAAUCACCGUGUCCAUUUUCUCCCUCGUCCUCAUCGCCAUGGAGCGCUACCAGCUCAUUGUCCACCCGACUGGAUGGAAGCCAAUGGUGGGCCAGUCCUACUUGGCCGUUGCUGUCACCUGGAUCGUGGCCUUCCUAAUCUCGGUGCCUUUCCUCUCAUACAGCGUGCUCACCUUGCCUUUCCAGAACCUGAGUGUCCCCUUCCCAGUCAAUGACCACCUUGUUUGCAUGGAGCGGUGGCCAUCUGUUCAAGAACGGCGAGCUUACACCACCUCCUUGCUUGUCUUCCAGUACUUCCUCCCCCUCGCCCUCAUCAUGGUCUGCUACCUGCACGUCUACCUGCGCCUCAGGAGGAGGAAGGACAUGGUGGACCGCGGCAGGAACACCACCCAAAAGAAAAACAAAGGUGCCACGAGGAUCAACGCCAUGUUAGUUGCCAUAGUGGUUGCAUUCGCCCUUUCCUGGCUCCCUCUCAAUGUCUUCAACACAGUGUUUGACUGGAACCACGAGGCCAUCCCGUCCUGUGGCCAUGACAUCAUUUUCUCGUUCUGCCACCUCACAGCCAUGGCCUCCACCUGCGUUAACCCCAUCAUCUACGGUUUCCUCAACAGCAAUUUCCAGAAGCAACUCAAGUCUACCCUGUUGCGCUGUCGCUGCUGGGGGGUGACAGAGAGGUAUGAGAGCGUCCCGCUCUCUACUGUCAGCACAGAGGUCACCAAGGGGUCGAUCUUGAGCAAUGGAUCAAUCAGCAUCAAUACUUAGAUCCGAGCCUUUUCAGUAAAAGACAAAGAGACUAUCGGGGCCCCUUCAGCCCUCAUUCUGUCAUCCUUUGGAGCUUUUCUUGCUUCGUUGCAUCCAAAAGUGAGGUUGACACUUACAAAGUUAUAAACCUCACAACAGCAGUCCAGAGGGAGCUGACUGGAGACACUUAACCAGCAUGGCGCGCUGCCCUCAAUUCAGUAUGAGUUCACAUGUAAGAGGAAGUAGAUAACAAAUUGAUGGUGCAAAGGUUGGACAAGUUUAAGCAUUGUAGAGCGAGUUACUGAAGGCACUUUACAUGAGCACUUUUGCAACUGCAGUCUGUACAGUCCAUUCCCCGUGUGUUGUGGAUGCUCUCGAAUGAAGAGACAGCAUUUGAUCUGCAAUACAUCUGUCAUAUUUCUUUCCAAAGCACUGGGAUCUACUCAGGAGUCACAUUCUGAUGAAUAUCAGCUGUUAAGGGUUUGCUUUUCACUUUAACCUGCUUUAAUUGUGAGAAAUUAAACCACCCAAGAGGACUGAAAGGACAAAGGGGGAUGGGGUUCCUUCACAUUUUGCUGUUUUAUAUUGAUAGUAUUGGUAAAAAUAUUCAGAGAUUGUAAAAUGUGAUGUGUUUAUGAUUAUCGACUGAGCUGUUUCGACAUGACUGAAGGAGGGAACAUUAAUGCAUUAAAUGUGCCUCCAGGCGUUCACUGAGACGAUUUACUAGCAUCAUCUUAAUGCAUUUCUUAUUACCUAAAAUCACCACAAACGACAUAAUGAUCUUUUACAGAAAACCUUGGCGAGAGCUGUAUACAUUCCAUGCCGUCAGCCAAGGUUUGUGCUUCACUAUAUUGUGGGUGUGGGAUGUUUUUUCCUCAUAAAAUGUGCCAUUCAACAACCAUACAUCAAGUGCCAUAAAACAAAAUAAAAGAGGCAGUAAAGGACUCUGUCGGAGCGAGGUUCCUCUGCUGUAUAUAACAUUACUAAAUACAUGUAUGUGACACAGUUAUAGUUUAUGGUGUGGUGGGGAAUCAAGAGCACUGUGUAGCA